AUGCCUCCAAAAGCGGAAGAAGAGAUGCUGAUGAAUGAGAAUUUUAAAAUGAAGGAACCAUAUCCGACUCUUAAGCCGGUAGAAGUUCCUCUACCUUACUGUGUUGAUCAUGAAAAGAUGAUUCUCAAACCAGCAACAAAUCCAUUAUGGAAUUUUACUCUUUGGUGUACUAUAACUUCUACUGUUUUGGUGUGUAAAAUUUGCACCAGCUCAUAUACUGUGUAUAAUCAAGAGCCUUUUGUAAAAACUUCGAUGGAUCCAAAUAGAACAAGACCGAUUUUGACAGUUUCAAAUCAUUUAUCAACACUUGAUGAUCCGCUAUUCUGGGGAAGUAUUCCCUUUAAGAAUUUUCUUAGUCUUCAUAGGGCCCGCUGGACGCUUG